AUGUUGUCUCCAACAUUAUUUCAACUUGCCGACAAGUCAGCAGCUCAAAACAUUCAUUAUGAGAAAAUUCCACUUGAGUUUAUUUUAGAUUCAAAAGCCAGCAAUGAAGUAGUGAGACAGCUUUUAAAAUUGGAUCCGAAAAACAUUAAAAAAUUGGAAACCUGUAAAAAACAGCUAUCAAGACUGACAGAACUGGAUUUAAAGAAGUGUAAAAUUGAUGUGGAAGGAAUUUUGAAUUUGAAAAACUUCAAAUUGAAUUCUCUGAAUUUUGGAUACUUGUACCAUUUGAAGACGGAAUUUCCGGAUCCAUCAAACUCAUCUGGAAUUGACAUUGUGAGUUUAUUGAAAAGAGCAGUGAAUACACAAGAAAUGAUGAUCCAUUUGGGAUUUUCUGGCGAGGAGGACAAGCGUACAUUCUUCCACCAACGCAAACUCUCAAAUCUCUGUAGUUCGUUUCCCAAUCUUCGAAUCUUGGAUAUUUCUUUUGCGAGAGGUCUAACAACUAUGGAAGGAAUCAAAAAUCUCAAACACCUGCAAAAAUUGGUGAUGCGGGGGAUAGAACUCGAAGACAUUUAUGGAUACAAAGAGUUGUCCGAUUUGAAGAAUUUAAGGGUUUUAGAUGUUUCGGAUUGUGACGAUGAUUCCUAUCGAGUGAUUAGAAGUCUAUUGACUUCUGAUGUCCGAAUGAAAAAUUUGGUGUUUCUGGAUUGUUCAAUGACAUGGGUCAAGGAUUAUGAAUUGAAAGAAUUUGUUAAGCAAAACAGACGCUCUGAAAUGGCGAAUUUACCACUUCUGGUGACAAGGAAAAGGACCGUGAUGCUGCACAUAAAAGGACAAAGAAUUACUAUGCCUUCCACUGAUGUCAAAGUUUACGGAUUUUAUCGGGAUUCAACUCAAACGGAAGUGUUAGUGGACAUGGAGCUUUUGAAACAUCUGAGUGAGACAUUGCUUCCUACACUGAAUGUUGCCAAGUCUUGUCCACUGCUUCAUCUUCAAGAUGACUCAACGAUCUCAAACUCUCGAGAUUUAUGA